CCUCGCGGCUCCGGCGUUUCAUUCAGAUAAAUUGCCUCUUCUUGCCAGCAGACUUCCCUGAUUGAGUCCGGGGAGGAACAUACAAAGGCGGGGAGGGACGCACAAGAAUCGCAGCUAGGAGGGACAUCAGACGGGGUGGCAGUCCCUCCGGCUCUGUAUUUAAAAUACAAGGUGUCUCCCCCGGCCCCAUUCAGUUAAUCUCUAAACGUAUUCCUUGCAAGGCUACAUCUGGGGAGCCACCCCUAGUGGGGGGGAAACUGGGGAAAGAGGCAAAGAUGAAGGUAACCGCGCUCGACUCCCGUCAGCUCAAGCAGUUGCUACGGAAGGAGCCUGCCCGGUGCCUGGUGCUGGAUUGCAGACCGUAUCUCUCCUAUUCGGCCUCCUGCCUCCGCGGAUCGCUCAACGUGAACCUCAACUCGGUGGUGAUCCGCCGGGCUCGUGGCAGACCCGUGCCCUUACACUUCGUGGUGCCCGACGAAACAGCCCGAGGCCGGUUACUUUUGCCGCCGGGUUGCCCUGAGGAGAGCGAAGUGGACGGGGUGCCGUCUCGGCAGCUGACGGCGGUGAUCGUCCUGGAUCAAAACACUCGGCACUGCCGGAAACUCAAGAAAGAGAGCACCGCGGAGAUCGUCCUGAACACGCUGUUGGCGAGCUUGCCGGAGGCGGCGGCCAGGGUCUGCUUCCUGAAAGGAGGAUAUGAAGCCUUUUAUUCACAAUACCCUGAGUUUUGCAUAGAUGUAAAACCUGUGUCCCAGGAGAAGCCUGAAACUGAGAGAAGCAUCAGUAGCCACUAUGAAAAGCAGAGCAUCCACCACAAGCCAGCAUAUGAUCAGGGUGGCCCAGUGGAGAUCCUGCCCUUCUUGUACCUUGGCAGUGCCUACCAUGCUUCCAAGUGCGAGUUCUUAGCCAAUCUGAACAUCACUGCACUCCUAAACGUCUCCAGGAAGAGCUCAGAGCCUUUUACAGAUCAAUACUGCUAUAAAUGGAUUCCAGUGGAGGACAACCACACAGCAGACAUCAGCUCACACUUCCAGGAAGCUAUAGAAUUUAUCGACUGCACCAGAAGGGCAGGGGGCAAAAUCUUGGUGCACUGUGAGGCCGGAAUUUCUCGUUCUCCCACGAUCUGCAUAGCUUAUCUCAUGAAAAUGAGAAAGUUCCGCCUAGAGGAGGCUUUUGAUUACAUCAAACAACGUAGGAGUCUGAUCUCGCCAAACUUUGGCUUCAUGGGCCAGCUGCUUCAGUAUGAGUCAGAAAUAUUGUCUUCGACUCCCAGCCCUCCUGUUGCCUCUUGCAAAAGGGAUGCUGUGUCUUUCUUCACUGAAGAACUGACUUUGAGUAAAAGCUUUGAAGGUUCCUGUUAUGCUUUUCCUACCUCAGUUUUGAAUUCAGUGCCCAUUCACUCACCUGUCCAUCAGCUAAAACUUAGCCCGAUUGGUGCAUCUUCAUCGUGCUGGACCCUACUGGGAACAAGAGACAAUACAGUCCCAUGAACCCAACAGACUGUAACAAAGCAUUUCAUCAAGCUGCAAUACAGAGGACCUCAUGAAUUUCAUCCAAAACAAGACACUUAAUUUGAGGGGCCAUCUACAUCCAGAAGACAAAGUUUGGCUUUAUAUUGAGGUAGAAUUUGGAGUUCAAAUGAAUUUAAGCUUGGGCUAGCUAUUCAAUUUCAAGUCAUCUUCUGCUGAGACUAGUUAACUCUUGCUUCUGAAUUAAUCUUGGAUUCGAAUUUGAAUGAGAAGAUACUCUUAUGCUUCCCAAAAGUUGAAGCCCUUCAUCAUGGGUGAGAACUUACGUUUAUGGACACUGACUGGUCAUGCUUUCAAAAGAGUGAAUGUCUUUAAAACUGUGUGUCUUGAAGAGUGUUUUGGUUUUUUUUAAAAAACAAAAACAAAAACUUCUGGAAUGUGUGUGCAUCCACUACUGUAGUUCCAGGCCAUGCUGGAGAAAAGAGCCACAUACAAAGUCAGACCUGUCCAAUUGCUUCUCAGUUCCUGUCUCCCUUGCUCUCUUUAAUUACAGCCUUGUUUUAAAGUGUAAGCAAUAAACAGCUGUGUCAGCAAAGCAGAGCUGUAAUGAAAAGCACAAUUUACAAAAGAAGCAAACCCUGACAGUUUAGUUGUGGCAGGAACUGGAAUGUUUGCUUUUUCCUGUCCCCCCCCCCUUAUGUAACUAUGCUGCAGGUGACUAGCAGAUCAGAAAGCAGGAGAAAGAAACUUCUCUCUCCCAAUACCCACUGGUCCUCUGUUGCAUAUUAGUGUACAACUGGGAUUUGUGCCAGAGUUUUACUCUUUCCUAGAAUCCUUUAGUGCUUGUCACUUCUUGGAUUAGCUAACAGAGCUAGGCAGACUUGAGAAGAGCAACUUCUAGAUUGCUCCUUACCUUCCUGAUGAUUCCAGCCAGGGUUUCCAAAGGUUCCUUCAUUUAAUGGGAUGUCUCAUUCAAAAACCUUUUGGUCCUAUCCAGCACAAUAGGUUUCCCAUCUUUCUGCACAUCGUAGUUCCACAGGCCAUAGCAGAUGUCCUUUAUUUCAGGGCCCAGUUUUCCAUCAUUACAUUUGAAACCUCAGUAACUAAACCUGGCUCAAUUACUACAUGUGACAGCACACUGUACUACUUGCUGCACUGUAUUCACAAAUGAUUCUGAUAGACUCUGGGUAAAUGCGGAAUCUGCCAGCAACAUAUACUACCAGGCAGCUGCUAUUUGAACUACAUAUAGCCAAAUUCAGGCUGAUGAUGUGCUACUACUAAGUUGUUCCUAUAUCUUGUGACAGAAAGGCCAAGUCGGCUGCACAGUUGGCAAUGCACAUCCUGUUUCUCAGCUAUAUCUGGCCUGAGUCAAAUGUUCAAUGCAUAGAACAUAAUUCAGCUGCAGUCUAAUUGCAUUUCAGUAACUGGGCCAUUUGCAGGACAUAACCUUUGAGCAAUAGGUUGCAAAAGCAAGCAGGGGCAGCUGCAUAAGAUGUCCAUAGGCCAUAUGUGUGAUGUGCUCCAGACUCGGUCUUAUGGUGUCUUAUUGGGAGAGGGCUGCUUCCUCUCAUUCUACAUCCAUCUUGGAACAGCAUGCUUCACUCAGGGAAGAGAAGCAGGAAUUAUAAAAGAAACAAUCAGCUCCUCUACAAUCGCAUAACUGAUUAUUAAGAGUUGUUUUAGAGUUUCAAAUGCUUACCCAAACAUUUUUUCUGUCCAUUGCAAUUUGGAUUUCAAAAUGCAGAAAGUAGGGAGAGUAAGCAGCUUUGCAAACAACUGCAUUACCCCAAUGAAGUCUAUACACUGAGUGUUCCUGCUGAAUGUUGUGUGGUUUGCUGUUCCAUGUAUUGUUCUAUUUCGUGUCACAUUUUUCGGAGUGGAAGAACUUCAUUUCUUAGCCAACGGGAACCUUUUUUGCAGGGUAUCUGUGUCCAGCUUGUGUGUCUGCAGGCGGUUCUCUGUACUGCUGUUGCUUAUCUGUUACACUUCUUAAAACAUGGAAAAUGGCAAUAAUUGCCUGGAAAACUUGCAACUGUGAACAAAAACUUUUUAAAAUAAAGUAUAAAAUCAUAAUAAAAAACAAUUGAAAAAUA